UCAGGAUUCCGGUAUCCGUAUUGAGCGCACCUGCAUCACGGAAUCUUUUCUCAAGGAAACCAACACUACUAGUAACUACUUAUACAUUGAACUCAACCUCCGCGCUCGAUCUCCCAUCAUUCGUUCCCACAUUGCGCUCCGAGACUUGAGAUAUAACCCAGCGGGCUCCGCAUCCCUCAGAACGCGUGCCGAUUGAAUACGCGGUCACGAUGCCGUCUUCAGCCACCGUCCAACAAAUCAAAGGCGUCACCGCCAACUCCCCUCUUCCGCCCUCCGUUGAGUAUGCAUACUACCAGAAGUGCAUCGCCCUGAAACGCCGAAUCAACGAAAUCGAAGAUAGCAACGACACCGUUCGGUUGAGAAAAGCCCGCGUCUCCCGUGCGAUCCUGAAAAUGCGCCUAGAACGCGCCCUCCUACUCGAGCAGCUCCAGAAACGCAUGGAGCACAACCCCGAUGACUCGGACCGCACCGACAGUCCACCCCCGACGAAUGGUAUCGAUGGCGCUGAUGCCGAUGAGUCUGGACGGAGGGUGGAGAAUGGGGAGAUGAAUGGAGCGAGGGGGGACGUGGAGAUGGACGAUGCGCAAUCGGGGUUCGGAGCGGGGUUUACGGCGGUGAAUCGAUAGCGGAGGGUACACAAUAGCAUUUGAACAUGGCGUUAUGGGGGGUUUGAUAUCAGGAGGGUUGUCUAAGAGGGUAUGGGAAACUGGGAAUGCUUUGCGGGUGGUUCUACAUUAGGCACCAGUAUGAAUACCUCUUUUUUUGGCUGAGUGCCUGUAUAGGCCAUUCGAAUUUCAAUACGACGGGGGAUAGCGUUGAAGGCAGCCAUGAAUGGAAACAAUGAUCAGGACAUGGUAUUAAUACUUGAAGAAUCCAACUUAGUAAUCAUUACUGCCUCGUGCUC